AUGUCCAUCUCAUACGACUUCUCCGACCAGUGCGUCCUGAUAACAGGUGCCGCGAGUGGAAUCGGACUUGCCACAUUCAAACAACUAUCAUCAAGCAAUGCUCGAGUAGCACUAUGCGAUAUCAACAUUGACCAGCUCACCUCCUUGGACCUGGGCCCCAGGCAUCAUGCAUACAAGCUCGACGUGACAUCUCCCACGGGCACUGCAGAGACCGUUGAAUCUAUCAUCCGUGACUUCGGCCAGAUCAACCAUGUCUUCAACUGUGCGGGUGUCAACCCCACAGAACAUGCACUGACCGACACCACGGAUGAAUACUGGAGCAAGAUCGUCGACACGAAUGUCAAAGGCACCUAUCUUAUGACGCGAACCGUCAUUCCUCAUCUCAAACGGGGCUCUUCGAUUGUCAAUGUAUCGUCCAUUGCUGGAUCUCGUGCAAUGGCUGGGUGGGCGAUUUACAAUGCGUCGAAGUUCGGCGUGGUUGGGUUCUCAAAGUCCAUGGCGCUGGAGCUAGGUCCGAAGGGCGUGCGGGUUAAUGUGGUUGCUCCGGGUCAGAUUCAUACUCCGACAAACAUUGCUGUGAAGAAGGGCCCUGAGGCUAUUGAUAAGACUGCGGAGACGUCGAGUCUGGGGAGGUUUGGAACUGUGGAGGAGGUGGCUGGUGUGGUUCUGUUCUUGAUGAGUGAGGCUGCGAGUUAUAUAAACGGGGCUGUGGUUGAUGUUGAUGGCGGAGCGAAGUGA